AAGAUGGGCCGCGUUCGCACUAAGACCGUGAAGAAGGCGGCCAGGGUCAUCAUCGAGAAGUACUGCACGUGCCUGGGCAAUGACUUCCACACCAACAAGUGCGUGUGCGAGGAGAUCGCCAUUAUUCCAAGAAAGAAGCUCCGCAACAAAAUAGCUGGCUAUGUCACACAUCUGAUGAAGCGGAUUCAGAGAGGCCCGGUAAGAGGUAUCUCCAUCAAGCUGCAGGAAGAGGAGAGAGAAAGGAGAGAUAAUUAUGUGCCUGAGGUCUCAGCCCUGGAUCAGGAGAUCAUUGAAGUUGAUCCAGAUACUAAGGAAAUGCUGAAACUCUUGGACUUUGGCAGUCUGUCCAACCUGCAGGUCACUCAGCCUACAGUUGGGAUGAAUUUCAAAACACCUCGUGGAGCCGUUUGAAUCUUUCUUCUGUGCUGUCAUAGUUUCAAUAAACCAUGGACAACCUUAAAAAA